AUUGUGGGGUUGCCCAAACAGCAGAAUCCAGGCGCACCAUUAAGCUUCGAGACUCGAGAGAGAGCGAGAAACAUCGUUAGAGGAGAGAGAGCUUGUUGCGAAGAAGAAGAAGCCAUUAAUGGAGGGAGAACAGACUCGAAUAAUGGUUGCUGUGAAUCAGUCAACCAUCAAAGGCUAUCCACACCCUUCCAUUAGCAGCAAACGAGCCUUCGAAUGGACUCUCCAGAAGAUCGUCCGUUCCAACACCUCUGGUUUCAAGUUCCUCUUCCUCCAUGUCCUUGUGCCUGACGAAGACGGUUUUGAUGACGUAGAUAGUAUCUUCGCAUCACCUGAUGAUUUUAAAGAGUUGAAGCAAAGGGACAAUGCAAGAGGGCUUCAUCUACUGGAGUACUUUGUCACUAGAUGUCACGAAAUCGGGGUUGCUUGUGAAUCUUGGCUUAAGAAAGGCGAUCCAACUGAAGUAAUUUGCCUAGAGGCAAAACGCGUGCAACCUGAUUUUCUAGUUGUGGGAAGCAGGGGGCUUGGCCCAUUCAAAAAGGUUUUUGUGGGCACCGUAAGUGAAUUCUGUGCAAAACAUGCCGAGUGCCCUGUCAUUACAAUUAAACGCAGGGAGGACGAGACACCCGAAGAUCCCGUCGACGACUGACCUUCCAGCCGUUAAAACUCGCAACAUCUUUGAUUUUAUUUGAUCAAUCUUGUUUAUAAAUAAGAAACUUUUGGUGAGCGUCUUGUGUAUUUAGCGUGCAAAAGUUGCCAAUUCGUCGUUGAUUUGUAUUCGUGUUGUGAUUUUUUCAAGCGUACAGACAUUGUUUGUUAAAAAUUGAUUGAUGACCCAUUUGGGAAUUGGUGAGACAUCCUCUCCAUGUGAGAUAUUAGCUAAAA